GUCUUUCGCCUCAGUCUCUAGCUCUCGCUGGUAGCCCGGCGUACGUGCUCCGGCAUCUUCAGUCACCCGCGGCCGCCAUCGACGCCGCUCGGGUUCCUCUAGGCUCGUCUGCGCCACAGCCGCCGCCGUCAUAAGCCGCCAUCAUGGUGAAGCUCGCCAAGGCUGGUAAAAACCAAGGUGAGCCCAAGAAGAUGGCUCCUCCUCCCAAGGAGGUAGAGGAGGAUAGCGAAGACGAGGAGAUGUCGGAAGAUGACGAGGAUGACAGCAGCGGAGAAGAGAUAGUCAUCCCACAGAAGAAGGGGAAGAAAGCUGCUGCAGCUCCAGCCAAGAAGGCGGUGGCUUCCCCAACAAAAAAGCCUGCGGUUGCCACUCCUGCCAAGAAAGCAGUCGUCACGCCAGGUAAAAAGGGAGCCGCCGCCACGCCAGCGAAGAAGGCCGUGACCCCAGCCAAAGCAGUGGUGGCAUUGGGCAAGAAGGGGGCCGCACUGGGCAAAGCAGUGGCAGCAGCCUCGGGGAAGAAGGGAGCGGUCCUCCCCGCCAAGGGGGCCAAGAAUGGUAAGAACGCCAAGAAGGAGGACAGCGACGAUGACGAAGACGAGGAGGACAGCGAGGAGGACGAUGACGACGAGGACGAUGAGGAGGACGAGGAGGAGGAGUUUGAGCCGGCGGUGAUGAAGGCAGCAGCGGCUGCCCCCGCCUCAGAGGACGAGGAUGACGACGAUGAGGACGAAGAUGACGAGGAGGACGAGGACGAAGACGAGGAGGACGAGGAGGACGACUCUGAAGAAGAAGCCAUGGAGACCACACCAGCCAAAGGGAAGAAAGCGCCUGCAAAAGCUGCCCCCGUGAAGGCGAAGAGCGUGGCUGAGGAGGAGGAGGACGAGGACGAAGAGGAUGAGGAUGAGGAAGAUGACGACGACGACGAGGAGGAGGAGGAGGAAGAUGAGGACGAGGAGGAUGAAGAAGAGGAGGACGAGGAGGAGGAGGAAGAGCCUGUCAAAGAAGCACCUGGAAAACGGAAGAAGGAAAUGACCAAACAGAAGUCAGCUCCUGAAGCCAAGAAACAGAAAGUGGAAGCCACAGAACCAACCAUCUUUCAUCUGUUUGUUGGAAACCUGAAUUCUAGUAAAUCUGCUCCUGAAUUAAAAACUGGUAUCAGUGAUGUUUUUGCUAAAAACGACCUUGCUGUUGUGGAUGUCAGAAUUGGCACAACCAGGAAGUUUGGCUAUGUGGAUUUUGAAUCUGCUGAGGACCUAGAAAAAGCCUUGGAAUUGACUGGUUUGAAAGUCUUUGGCAAUGAAAUUAAACUGGAGAAACCAAAAGGAAAAGACAGCAAGAAGGAUCGAGAUGCAAGAACACUUCUGGCCAAAAAUCUCCCUUACAAAGUCACUCAGGAUGAAUUAAAAGAAGUGUUUGAAGAUGCUGUGGAGAUCAGACUGGUCAGCAAGGAUGGGAAGAGUAAAGGGAUUGCUUAUAUUGAAUUUAAAACAGAAGCCGACGCAGAGAAAACCUUUGAGGAGAAGCAGGGAACAGAGAUCGACGGGCGGUCUGUUUCCCUGUAUUACACUGGAGAGAAAGGUCAAAACCAAGACCAUAGAGGGGGAAAGAACAGCACCUGGAGUGGUGAAUCAAAAACUCUGGUUUUGAGCAAUCUCUCCUACAGUGCAACAGAAGAAACUCUCCAGGAAGUCUUUGAAAAGGCGACUUUUAUCAAAGUGCCACAGAACCAGAAUGGCAAAUCUAAAGGGUAUGCGUUUAUAGAAUUUGCCUCAUUUGAAGAUGCUAAGGAAGCUUUAAAUUCCUGUAAUAAAAGGGAAAUUGAGGGCAGAGCCAUUCGGCUGGAGUUGCAAGCACCCAGAGGGUCACCCAAUGCAAGAAGCCAGCCAACCAAGACCUUGUUUGUCAAGGGUUUGUCUGAGGAGACCACCGAGGAGACGUUAAAGGAAUCGUUCGACGGCUCUGUCCGGGCGAGGAUAGUGACGGACCGGGAGACGGGAUCCUCCAAAGGGUUUGGCUUCGUAGACUUCAACAGUGAGGAGGACGCCAAAGCCGCCAAGGAGGCCAUGGAGGAUGGGGAGAUUGAUGGCAACAAAGUCACUUUGGACUGGGCCAAGCCGAAGGGUGAAGGUGGCUUUGGGGGCCGUGGCGGAGGCCGAGGCGGCUUUGGAGGCCGAGGUGGUGGCAGAGGAGGCCGUGGUGGAUUUGGAGGCCGAGGCCGGGGAGGCUUCGGAGGGCGAGGAGGGUUCCGAGGCGGCAGAGGCGGCGGCGGAGACCACAAGCCACAAGGAAAGAAGACGAAGUUUGAAUAAUUUCUCCUGUCCCUGUCUCCCUCUUCCAUUGGAAAGAACGGACUCUGUUAACCUGCUCGAUGACAGAGCCUUUUGAGGACAUUCCAAGACAGUGUGCAGUCCUGUGGUCUGCUUGGAAGGCGUAUAGAUAACAUUGCAAGGGCGAUACCCUGUCGGUUUUGACUGGAUAUUCAUAUAAACUUUUUAAAGAGA